AAAAAAUUGUUUAGAGAGAGAGAGAUCUUCGAGCCAGCGACACAGUAUUGUUAAUCGAUCGUCGCCGAGAAAAGACGUAAGCAAUGUCUAACGAGCACAAGAAAAGACUCGAGUCAAGGUUAGAGUGGGAAGGUUUCAUCGAGACGAAGAUCAAAAGUGAUGGAAAUUGCCAGUUUAGCUCUUUAGCUGAUCAGCUCUUCAGGUGCCCCGAGUAUCAUGAGAAAGUUCGAGAAAGAAUAGUUAAACAGCUUAAAACUUGUCCAAAAAUUUAUAGAGAGUUUGUUGAGAUGGACUCGAGUAAAAAAAGAGCAAACGAUCUUCCCAAAGACUACUCCGAGUAUGUCAAGAACAUGUCCAAAAGCGGCGUGUGGGGUGAUAGCGUUACGUUGCAGGCAGCUGCUGAUACGUUUGGGGUGAAGAUAGUAGUCAUUACGUCAGAGAAAGAAGUACCUUCCAUGGAGAUUGUUCCCAAGUCUUUGACGCUCGAGAGAGCUGUUUACUUGAGCCAUUUGGUUGGGGUCCAUUACAACUCCAUCUACUUGAAAGGUUCAGAGACAGAUCCUGCUCCCUUGGAGCUUCCGGGGAAGAGUAAGAAUAAGAGUGAGAAUAACAAGGAGACACAAGGGAGGAAUGAGAAUGACAAGCACAAGAACAACGAGAAUAAGAAGAAUGACAGAAGCAAAAGUAAGAAGAAAUAGCAACAUGGAGGAGGUCUAUUAGUACUACCACUACCAGAUACCUUACUAUUCCCCUGAGUUGUUU